UGAAAUUCUACAAAUUCCACGCUAAUAAUAACAUAGGAAAAUGCGCAAAAUACCGGGAUAAGAAAAAGCGCGAAAUACCGGGAACAAGAUUAGGGCUUUAUCACAGUUGAGGAACUCAUCGAAUUGGGAGGAGCAGCGAUAAGAGGAAUGGACGGUGGAAAUGAGGGAUCUCCACUUCUACGAUCGCAGACCACCGUCGAUUUGAGUCGGAACGGUGAGGCGGUGGCAGACCUGACGGGAAAAGUCCAUCUGCUACCAUGCUGCAUCAAGUACGACGGUUCCACCUCCGUUUCUGACUACUUCAAGCCCAAGUUCUCUGGAAUUGAAGUGGAUGGGUUAAGAGUAGAGGAAGCAUACUUCAGAGGAAGAAAAUUAAAUGGCACAACUCUUCCCCUUCCAGACGGCUAUUCUGGUUUCAUCUUAGGGAAGAAAAGUUCUGAUGAGAAAGCUAAUGCUGAUACUUCAUAUUGCUGGGAGGCAAAUGCAAAGUUUCAAAAUCUAACAUUAUGGAAUCAUGACAGCCUUCCCUCUAAUGAUGAUGCAUUCAUCCGCACCUUUCACUGGUUUGCUGUUGCAAAAGCUCUGCACCAACCAGUCAAUGUCGAAGAUCUGGAAUACCUUCCAGUCGAUGAGGACGUGGUGUAACUAAGAGAUCUUUGACGUGGUGUAACUCAGAGAUCUUUCUUCAGCUGCACUCCGGUGUAAUAAUGUUAUUUUGUACUGGCGGAAUGGGGAUGGUAUUGAAGCUUAAAAUCUUGAUAACCGAUAGCCGUUGGAUGUCUGUUACUGUUCGUUCUUCCCUGUUGAAAAUCAUCCAUUGUCUCUCUUGCCAAACACAUCAUUGAACUAUCUUAUCUGUUGAUGCUGAUUGCUGAGCAAAUUUGGCAAAGCUGAAAAGCCCUUUGAAAGGGUGUAUUUUUAAUUUUUCCCCCUUUGACAAUGACUCUUUUAAGCAGUUUUACAGGAAGAGAAAUUUAAAUUCAAAAUUAAAUUUGAA